UAAAUUUCAUCGAGUAAUCAAUCAGCCAGGCCGAUAAGAUAAGGGUUCCCCUCUUCCCCUCAUAGAGGCUUGUCUCAGAGGACCUUGUCGAGACUUCAAUUGCCCAGCCAGAGUAGAGAUUUGUCACUAUACACACAUAGUCCUAUACAGUGUACACAUAAUACACCAAGCAAUACUAAACCUGCCUGACGCCGCCGCCAUGGAAGCCCCCGCUUCGGUCACGCGAAUCCCCAACUUACAGAUCGACAAAGUCUUUGCUCGCACCACCAACCUCGCCUCGUCCGCGCUCAACGCAAAGGUCCUCUCUCGCUCAGACGACUACUUCGCCGCCGCAGAGAACCUCCUCACGCCGACCAUUCCUAUCCACAAACCUGGCGUAUUCGUGCACACUGGCGCGUGGUAUGAUGGCUGGGAGACACGCAGACACAAUCCCGCGCCAUACGACUGGGUAGUCAUAAAACUCGGCGUGGCAAGCGGCGUCAUCGAGGGCGUCGAAGUCGACACUUCCUAUUUCGUGGGCAACUACGGCGAAAAGGCCGAGCUGCAAGGCGCAUACCUACCGCAGGGACAGGCCACUGACGAGGAGAUCGCGAGCCCUGACUAUAAAGGAUGGAGUACGAUUCUGCCCAUCGUCGAGUGCGGGCCGAGUCAGCGGCGUGCUUGGAAGAUUGAUUCUCCAAAAGCAUAUACUCAUGUCCGCCUGCUGAUGUAUCCAGAUGGAGGGUUCUCGCGGUUAAGACUGUACGGCCAUGCCAUCCCUCCGCCACCGGCAGCAGCAGCUACGGCUGGAGUGGCGGAGGAACUAUCGUCUGCGCUGUUGGGUGGUCUGGCAAUUUCUGCAUCGGACGAACACUACACACCGGCCUCCAACACCAUUCUUCCGGGUCGUGGGAAAGACAUGGGCGAUGGUUGGGAAACAGCACGGUCACGCACACCUGGCCACGUCGACUGGGCGAUUUUCCGACUGGGGCUUCCGGGCACAGUGAGUAGAAUUGUUAUCGACACUAAGGACUUUCGGGGCAAUUUCCCGAGAGAGGUUCGGGUUCAUGGUAUUGUCAAAUCUGAUAAUGCACAAGAUCCUGGCCACAACCAUCCCGGCUGGGUAGAGUUGCUGAGCGGGGAUAAGAAGACGAAGGCGGACACCGAGCAUGUCUUUGAAGGUGCCGAUUUGGCUGCUGGUGGAGAGGACAAGCGAGUGUUUACUCACGUUAAACUGACAUUGGUUCCGGAUGGGGGUGUAAAGAGGUUCAGGAUUUUCGGACAGAGGGCGUAGAUAAAGUUAAACCAUCAGUUUAAUAUUUGAUAACAUUGAAAC